CUCGCGCCGGCCAGAUCAGGCCUCCUCUGCUCGCUUGACCAGGCCCAGCCGUCUUCGAUCGACACCAUGGCGGGAUCCGCACCUCCACAAAUAUCACGAAGAAAGCUGUUCGACAGCCUCGGCAGCGUCGCCGACGACUUCCGGUUUGAUCAGACCACCAGCGAUCUCUUCCAAAGGCACGCUACCGAGCUGCAGCAGCUCCUUGAUUUCUACAACCCAUGCACCGACGAUACGCGCAAGCAGUUCAAGGGCAAGAAGAUCGAGUUCCGGGAUCCAAAAGAGGAGAGCUUUGUCCUCAAGCUCUCGGCGCUCUGGGGCCUGGACGAAAUCAAGAGCUUUGAGAUUCAUCGUAGCUUUAUGAAGUACGAGAUCCGGACGACCAUCUCCAUCAUCCAGAAUCCCAACUUUGACUUUUCGUUUGGCAGUGAGGAGCUCGUGGACGCCGCCACGCAUUUUUACUUUGAAGAACGGUGCUACACCUUGCGGACCAUCAGUGCUCUCCUGCGCAUCGCUUCGGGCGACAGCGACCUGGCCCUGGACCUGGUGCGCCAGAUCAUCGGCCCUCCCGACCAGGUCCAUGAGUCGGCCUUCGUACAGAGCCUGCUGAAGCAGCUGGAGUGGUCUUUCACAGCACGCAUCCCCUCCCACAUCGAGGGCUCUGGCUCGCGCAAGUAUGUCUGGGCCAAGCAGUAUCUGCACGAGCAGCGCGGCCUCCUCGAGAUCCUGUUCUUGGUCUUUUACGAUCCAGCAAUCGCCACCUGCCCCCCCAAGUUUGUCUGCCAACUCGUCAAGCUCUUUGCAAAGUGCCGCUUUGGCAAAGAACAGCCCAACGCCGUGCUCUUUGACGACGAGGCCCACGCCAUCUGGGACCACGUUGCACACUUGGCGGUUUUGAUCUCCAUCAUGAUCCUUGAUCUCGGCACCCUCGUUGGCUUUCGCGGCAAUCUCCCAGAUGCCCCUGAUGGCGAAAGCCUGCUUCAAAGCCCCGAAUGCAUUGCCGAUCUGACCCGUUUCUUGAUCGAGUACGAGACCGAGUCUCUGGGCGACACUGCCGAGGUGUACGGGCCCGUUUUGAUGGCGUUCUCGUCGUUCUGGGCACGUUUAUCGUUUGCGCUUGAAGAAUAUUGUCCGGACGCCUAUGGAGGAUUGCUCGACUCCAUCAUCCUCAGCGACCGACAGCGCAGCAUCCCCAGGGACAAGAUCUCGGCCCUGCUGAUGCAGCGGGCGUAUAGCAGCCAGCUGCACGCCGUCAAGUACAUCAACCACUCGCUCAAGAUGUCAAUCUGCUACUCAUCCGAGGACCACAGCACCGAUGGAUACAAAAGUGUCCUCAAAGAACUCUUUGUUCUCUUUUCGGCAUGCUAUCCGGUCCAGAACUUGCCUGAUUUCGAUCUCCUGAUCGAAACCGUCUCGCUCAUUUACUCGGGAUUCACGGAUAUAUGCACGCAGUUCUGGGAAGUCCACGUCUUUGACGAAGAUACCCGCCAUCUCUAUGACGCCGUCUCGUCCCGCUUUCCCGUCAAUGCGCUUCCUUUCCUCCAGCUGGUGAACUCGUUGGUGGCAUCGCCUGAGCACGCCUACAACGUCUUUGACGAGCUGCAGCAUAUGUCUAGGUUCACGGAGGUGGCCGACGCCACCCUCUUCGUCGGCCAGGACCUUAACCAGAUCAUCACCAAGACUGGCGACCUGGACACCAGCGAGAAAGGAUACCCGCUCUAUCUGACAAAAUACGCUCACGAUGUGGCCCCCGAGUCACAGGGCCGGCGGGUCUCGCCCGCGAACCAGACGCCGCUGGUGAUCCAGUGGGCUGCAAACUACUCGGCAUGGCUGUUCUUCAUCGAUGUGAUUGUCCGCUUUCUCAACACCCCAGCCUCGCUGCACAGCGACGAUCAGGUUCAGGUGAUCGUCGCCAUCGUCAAGCUUUUGUGCACUGUCCUCAAGCACCUCGAGCAAGCCCCGAACGACCAGACCGCGGUCAUUGAGCAUCUCCUCGAGUACCGCGCACCGGUCACGAUGGGUGCCGAAUCCCGUCAAGUGUUCAGGAUGCGCGGAUCGGAUCUGGUCGCGAUGGCCUGCAGCCUCAUCCGCUACGCCGGAGCCAUGUCCAAGCCAGCCAAGGAGCUGAUUUCCAACUCAUUCGCGCUCCUAGCCAUUCUCCUGCCAAUCUUUCCCGAGGAUGUCUGGCGCCAUCUGAACCAGCAGGCCCUGCUCCCGCGUUCGCUUGCCAAGGGCGAUCGCCUGGCCACGGGCGCUGGCUCUCCUCCAAACUUUAUGCAACAAGUGCUGCUGCCUUUGGAGAAGGCCGCAGGCUCGUACCCGACCACGCUCAACUUCCUGCAGCUCGUCGAGAGCUUGCUGCUUGAGGCCCAGUCGCACCCACUUGUUGUCCCCGAAGUCAUCAAGAUCAAGGCCGACGUGCUGCUCUCGGCUAUCAAGUACAUCCACGGAGAGAUAUUUGCGUCCUACAGCUCAUGGCGAUAUGUCAAGGUUCUGCAAAAGUAUCAGAUCGGGCUCUCCAUCACCCGCAUCUUCCACCUGAUUCUCCAAGACACCACAACUGUGGCCUCUGCAUGCGAGGGCCUGGUUCAAGCGCCAGAGACAAAGCACCGUCCCGAGGUCUAUCUCGGGGUCUUGCAAGAGUACCUGAUCCAGACCUUCCUGGAUCACGGCAGUGCCCACCACUUUGGCUCGAACUCGUACCUGGUCAACCCCCUGCUCGACAUCAUUGCCCUUGGGUAUCAGUAUCCUGAAGAUCUGAUGCGACGUAGCCGCAUGGCUGAGUACUCGGUGGUGGAACAGUCCAUCGCCGAGGCUCUUUCGGUCUGCGAAAUCCUCCUGAAGGUUCGCAUCAAGGCAUCGGCCAAGGACGGCCGCAUCGGCGGCGACAGGCGCUCGUUCCUCGAGCACGCUUUAUUGGACAGGCAUGUCUGGUCCGAUAAGGAGACCUCGGAACUCGUGUGUGUUCUGGCAUCGUACAUUCACUAUGACUACUCGAUCACAAUUCCGCUUCUUGCAACCAAGAUCCUUACGCUGCUCUGUGCGAUCGCAUCGGACUGGGAGCCCCGUCCCCCUUCGUUCGCUAGCUACUUUGGAGACCACGCUCAGAUCAUCGUCAACGCCUUCCUGGAAAACCUUGAGGAUGACAUCGUGCCCAAAGCCGAGCUCCAGCGCUCCAUCUUUGACUUUAUCACUGGGGUCGUCCAGACGCAGCCCGGCCUCACAACACUGUUCCUCAAAGGCGAUCAUCGAGGCGCGCCUGGCUCGAACGAGCCCGUAGACAAGCUUGCCCCCAAGCCCAUCCUCAAGCAAACCAUCCGGGUCGACGAAGCCGUGUCGAUUGCCAAGCCGUUGUUGUACCUGCUCAAGAACUGGCAAUUCAACAUGGAGCACAAGCCGUCACUGCUGCCCUCGCUCAUGCGGCUGCUGGAUGUCCUAUGGCUCAACGCCCCGGAUUUCGAAGCUCUGCUCAAGCUGCUCCGACCCAACCCCGAGUUCUGGCAGUCUCUCUUUGGCAUCCUCGAAUCUGACCUGGACACGGCUGAACGCGUGGAGAUGCUCGAUAUUCCAAGCAUCAGCGACAGCGACCGAGUCAAUAUCAAGUGCUGUGCUCAGGUCGUCAAAUCGCAUGUGCUUCGACUGCUGGCUUCGGAGAUCUAUUUUGGAACGACCCUGCGGAAAAAGACCGCCGGUUCGGGACCGGCCGACGCAAGGGAUGUACCGCCGACAACGCUCAACAAGGAAGUGCUGAACAUUCUCAAAAACUCGGUGAUGAAGAACAUCACCACCUUCCAGAUGGGCUUGUCGCAUGACCCGCAACCUUACCUGGCAUCCCUCCACAUUCUUGAGGAGGGCUUCAAGCGUCGACAGGCCGAGCUCGGCUUUGAACGCUGCCUGCGCUUCCAGGACUUCAAGGUGCUCACCUGGAGCGAUCUCUUUGACGCAGGCCGGAACUUUGGCAGCUCGUACGUCUACGAUAUCGAGAUUUUCAAGAUGAAGUUUGAUAGCCUCUCGCCCAACGACGAGCACGGUUUGAUCCUGACGACAUCGCUCAUCAACCAGGUCUGGUCCCAGGCCGACGCUGAGACGAUCCUGUUUGGCUCGUGGAAGUUCCUGAUCGAUGUGCUGUGCACCAGCCAUGCAUCCUGGGUCUGGACUGCAGCAUCACUGCAGAGCACGACGGGCAUACAGGAGUUUCCUCUGGAGGUUUUGAUCCAGCGGGCCACGGCCGAACUCCAGAGCCAGGUUGAGCGCUCAGAGGCCAUCUAUGCUACCCACCGCUACAACCUGGGGCAGCUUGUGCUGUUCCUGACCCAGACCUGGGUCUCGGGUCUGGGAGAGAAGCUCUGUGCCGGAAUCGGCCGCGACGACAACGGCGCACUGUAUUUGAAGAAGACAAUCAGCCUUGUCGCGCAGAUGAGCGACUGCAUCAACAACAGCGCCAACCGCAUGCUCGACCAACACGGCCGGUUCCUGGAGCAAACCUUCCACACACCCGUGGCGGCUGCGCUGCUCGUCACCCUCCGACAGCUCUCGAGCAAGAAAAGCGCCAUUCCGCGCGAGUCGCUCCAGAUCCUGGGCGAAACCGUCACGGGUCUGUUUGCGCCGGUGUCGGACGGCGUCGCCAGUUUGCUGAUGGUAUAUCUGCAAGAGGACCUCUCGGCCUUUUGCAACGAUGCCCUCUCGGUGUUCCUAUCAUGCCUUGUGGAGCUGGUCCGCUACGACACCCAGAGCCGCCAGCAGAGCGGCUAUUCGUCUCGGGGACUCGAGUUCUUUGUCAAACACCAAACCAUUCCUCUACUGCUGCGGUCGUUCUGCAAGUCUAUGGCCGUUCCGACCGACCAACGACCAGUUCACGGCGAGCUCUUCCUGAAGGCACUGCUUGGGCUCGCCGAGCCACGGUCCGUGGCCGAGCAGCUGGCGUCGGAAGGCAUCAUUGGAGCCCUGACGAACAACAACUUCACAUCCGCCCUUACGAACGUCAACUCCCAAACACCCAGCCACGGAUUUGUACCGGUGUACGUCGCUCACGGACACGAGCGGAACCCAUGGCAUCAGAUCUGGUGCAUGAUGAUCCAGGUCACGAAUCGACUACUAAGACACCUGGCCUCGAGCCAGCAGUUUGUGCAGGGCGUGAUGAGCUUUGUCCUGCUCUACUGGGGCCCGAUCUCGUAUGCCCUGGACUUGAGCGAGACCAGUUUCCGAAAGGACCAAACCAUUGCGCUUGGAUGGAUGGAAGAAGUUGAGCGAAUCACCGAGCUCUUCUAUCUGCUCACAACUCCGUGGACAGUGAUGGCCGACGAGCGCCAAGCACACGAAGCGCACGGAGCGCACGGAGCACACGGAAACAAGAAGCGGGGGACAGCAUACAACCAAUAUGUCAUCAACUGGACGGCAUUCGAGGCCUAUCGCGUGCUUGCCGUGCAAAUCCUCAAGACUAUCACCUUCCUCUUCACGCACCCGAACCAUUUUGCCAAGCGAAUCCAGCACGAGCGCGCUGGUCGGGACGACAGCGAGCCGCUGAGCCAGUCCAUGUUCGCUGCCGGCUCUAUCCAAUCUGCAGUGGCCGAGGCUGCCCGCCCUGCGCGUGCGACCCGCCGAACCGAGAGCCUGGAAGAGUGUCUUUCGACGGUGCUGCAAAUUGUCCGCAACCUCGUCGCACAUCUGCGUGUCGUGACCGAUGCCGACAGAACCAUUCUCGACCCGCGCAAGCGCACCAACCCUGACACCACCCUGAUCGACGACUUUGUGACGGGGCUCAACCAGAACGAGCGGCCGUACACGCUGCUCUUUGACAUCAUCGAGUUUAUGAUUGACUUGGUCAAGAACCUGAUGGAAAAUACCGGGCAGAGCCAGCGGCUUGACGCCGACGCUGGACGAGCAGCGCCGCUUGAGGUUGUGAAGCAGCUCGUGGCUGCUCAACCCAAGAAACAUGGCCGGAAUCUGGUUUUGACGAUCGAGGCCUGUCUGUUUUUGAUAGUGAGCCAGCUAGCCAACCUGCUGGCCGAUCCCGAUAUCGAGAUGGCUGCCAAGAAAGACGUCUACCGCGACACGGCGCACGAUCUCGCCACGAUCUUUGCAAGUGUCCAGCAACGGCUCAAGGAUGCCAAGUCGCCGGGCGGCCGAAGCCCCUCGGCGUGGUGGCCGGAGGAAUCGCAAGCACGCACCUCGGAGAUUGUCAAGUUCCUGGAAGGCUUUGUCCGGCAACUCAACUCGAUCGGGCAGAGCAUCCCGCGCCGCACCGACAGUCAUGUGUUUGACCUGCUGUGAUCUGAUCUGGGCAGCCGUCCGUUCUUUUGCAGCAGCAGUGGUCACCCAAGCCGGUGCGCAUGGCCAGCGAGACGGUGUUUUGCAGCCCGUGGCCAGCAAGCAAAUAUAUGAUUCGUAUCCAUUCAUGCGGCAGCAGCUUGUGGGAGGGAAGCAGUGCUGCCGAAAUACCAUUCGGCGCGGGGAUGGAGGUUGGACACACGAUCAUGGCCUUGAAGGCGACCCGCACCGUCCCUCGCCC